UUCUCGCUCUUGCUGUUUUUAAAUCAAAACUAUUUAAACCAGCGACCUCCGAUGGAAAACGUGUAGGAGUUUUGAAGGAUGGCCUUCCGAGCCGUUAUGCGCUCCGUCCGGUCAUCGGCGCCACGGCGUCCCUUCCACCGUCCCAAUCUCUCCUCCUUCGCGUCCACUCUUCUCCUCACCUCUAAGCUUAGGAUUAGUUUGUUCCAUGGAGCCGCUCCUCUGGGCCGCUCCAACGGCGAUACUCCAUCGCUCGCCGCCCCCUCUUCGGCUCCCCAGGAGGACCAAGAUCCAUCCCACGAGGCCAAUUCCGAAUCAUCAAAGUCAGAAGGAAGAGUUGCACAAACCGCAAAUAUUUUUGUUAUUGGUGGUACUUUGACUGAUGAUGCUGCUAACGAAUGGCUUGUUCUAGAUCAGAAGGUAAACACAUAUCCAAUGUUUAGAGGGUUUACAGCAAUUGGUACUGGAGGUGAUGAUUUUGUCCAAGCUAUGGUUUCUGCUGUUGUAUCUGUACUCCAACGGCCAAUCCUAGAGGAACAAGUAACUCAGAGACUAUCUUCAAGGCGCAAAUAUGUUUCUGUAAACAUCGGACCUAUUAGAGUUUGUUCUGUUGAAGAGGUCCAAGCAGUGUAUAGUGUCAUGAGGAGAGAUGACAGAACGAGGUUCCUUUUGUAGACUAAUUUUGUUUUCUGGACAAAAAGAGAAGAAAAGAAAGCCCAACAGAGUUCACAUUGUUGCAUCCCUGCAACCCUACUGACAGCUCUAUACCGGUGACAUUUAUUAGUAAUAUGUGUGAGAUGGUGUCAGCUGCAACUGUCUCCGGUAUCAGGCAGCAGGAGUUCUGUUUGGUUCAUCAAUGGCUGGCUUUCUUACAGUUGAUUUGUCACCAUAAAACUCAUUGGGUGGAUAGUGGAUGUGUUGGAAUUGAAGCAUCUCAUUUUGGAGUCACGGUUGUCAGCUUCAUGUUUUUGUAGUUCAUUCAAAUUUAUUUUCCAAAAUUUGAUUAUAAAAUCAUCCAAAUAAGCAAAGAAAAGGAUGAUUUGUUUUGUUGUGUCCGAGAAUACUGUAAUUUUUGUAAUUAUUGUAAUUAUUGUUGUUAACAUCAUCUGAUAUAUUGUUAUCUCAAAUAUAUAUAUAUAUAUAUUGUGCUCAA